AUGGCUGUUCCGGAGCUCGGUCCAGCGCAUGAGGUUCUUGCGGCCGGUUUCCGCCAGCCCCUGCACGCACAUGGCAAGCUGACUAGGGCGGCUGGGACGCUUGUAGGUGUCGGUGAAGUUGUGGACGAAGCCCUGCUCGAAGUCGACCUACACAUUGAUGCUGCCAGCCGACAGGCUAUUCAACCACGUGCGGGCCGAACCCUGGAGAAUGAGCGGGGCGUAGCGCGCAGCAAGGCCGCAAUUGCCGCCAGCGAUGCCGAUGGUGGGCGUGUAAUCGAUGAGCCAGUCCUCUGGCUUGACGUAAAAAAACGAUUCGCUCGUUCACAUGACCCGAACGGACGGACGCAACGCCGGGUCUCUGCCUGCCCCAAUCUCGACUCAGACCAUAGUCCUCCGGCGAUCUCGGCUUCCUCUUCCUCAACACCUGCGCCGCCUGGUCCACGGGAGACAGUCCCGCCCCCGCCAGUGCCGCCUCGCUCUCCCCGCUCGCGGCCACCUCCAACGCCUCCUCCCACGCCUACGCCCGCCCCGGAUCCCACCUUCUUCGACGACGUCGUCGACGUCGUUGCCAACAGAUACGGCUGGGACCUCGACGCCGAGGUCCGGGUCUGGCCGCUCGAUGCCGAGGACGCGCUCGUUGGCGCCGUGCAGCGCUACGAGUUUCGCGCCCGCGCGGGGGGCGCCACGGUCGCGCUGGCGUGGGCCUCCGAUGGGGCAGUCGACUGGAGCCGCCCCGACGCCCCCGUGGUGGAGGAGGUGGUCGGGCUCGACGGGGUCGAAUUCGUCGCCGGCGACGACACUCUGAGGUUCGGCUUCGGCGUCGAAGGACCUGAAUCCUUAAUUGCAGAACCAAAACAGAGCAAGAGCAGUUUGUGUUUACAAGCGGGAGAGAGAAAAGGGAUUGGGGAGGCGGGGGCCAAGCCAAAUCAAUCAUUCAGGAUGACGAGUUUCUGGAGCCAAAUCGACAUGCGCCCUAUCCUCCUCCCGAAUUCUGCUCCUCCAGUGCACAACAUCAUCCCUACAGCACUUCAGCGUGGCCUCCAGGGAAGGAGAAGCCCCUGUGAACACCACCGUCCACCGACGGGAGAGAUUCAACCGGAGUUGCCACAGUACCGGUAGAUUGCAGGAAGCACUACAUGUAAGAAAAAAGUUUGAUCCUUUGUCUAAUUGACUUUGCAUUAUCCAAUAUGAUUAGCUGGUGACAUGAGGGAGAGGGGGAUAGACCCCUUUGGCUACUGCACACAAUGUGCUACUCAUAUUCCACUUUUAGGCGAUAAGCAGCUUCAGAAUUCAGAUCCCUUUGAUUUACAUUUCAAAUCAUCUUGCUGCAACUUGGUAGUAAACAACCAUUUUUGGUCAUCUUAUACAGAUUUGUUUGGUUCUUCUGUUCGUAUAUGUCUUUUCAAUUUUACUAUAUGCUAACAGAAGAAAAUUUUAGAUAGUUUGAACACAUGUUUAUUCACCUAGAUGUUCUACACGAAGAAAGAGCAGGAUAAACACCAUUUGUUGGUAGUCUUUCUAUUUGUCCUUAAUUAUUUGUAUUCUACACUAAUAUAGCAAGGUGAAGCCUAAUCUUUACUCUCGGUCACUGAUAGAAGUACUGGUGUAUACACAUCGAAGGUACACAAUGAAAUUUUUGUAGUUCUUUUUCUUAUGGGAACUUUUCGUACGUCUUUGUUGUGAUAUACGCCCAUCUCGAAUUUCAUAUUAGGUCUACUUAUUUUAGCUCAGCUAGGUGUUGACAGUAAGAAACACUUGCAAAUAUAUGUCUCUUGUGUAUAUAAAUAUAUGCUCGCUGUACAAGUAUAAUGGAGAUAAUGAUCACAGUAAUUUAAUCUGCUAUUUAGUGUACAAUAUUUGUAUUCAUAAGAAGAGGUAGUUAUACACUUCAUUGCGGUUUUAUAUCUAAAAAGGGCAACCUGGUGCAUGUAGCUCCCGCUUGCGCAGGGUCCAGGGAAGGGUCCGACCACUUUGGGUCUAUAGUACGCAGCCUUUCCCUACAUUUCUGUAAGAGGCUGUUUCCAGGACUUGAACCCAUGACCUCAUGGUCACAAGGCAGCAGCUUUACCACUGCGCCAAGGCUCCCCUUCCGGUUUUAUAUCUGAGUUAAGAAAAAAAUAUUAGUCUUCCUCUAUAGAGGUAUGUUGCCUUGCCGAGGCUGCUCUGCUUUUGCUAAUUUGCUGCUCUUUUGUGCUAUACUACUAUUCCAUAUACAGAGAGAUCGGAGAAGAGAACAGCAACCUGUUACUACUGAUUUUGCAUGCUGCUACUCGCUUACUGUUACACAUCUACAUAGAGAAGGCUGCUGCUUGCUGAUUACAAUCCAUUCAUGAUAGGUAGAUAUGUAUGCUUCUGCUUGGUACAUGUGAACAGGGAGACAAGGAAUGGAAGCUGCAGCGGUAGUCGGCUGGUGGCCACACAUUGGCAAUCACUGCUUAGAUACGUGACUCCAGCCACUCAUUGUGAGCAGACUUUGGUCUUGAUAUGUUAGUCCAAGUGGAUAAAGAUUAUUAGGUUUUUAAUGUGAUGUGACUUCAUUGGUUGGACGUCAAUUAGGAUAUAUGUAGUACAUAGCCACCUAUGAUUUUUUCGAGUUGCCAUAUGAUGGAAAUCAGUAGCUUGAUUUGCUGUUCAACUACGUUUAGGAUAUGCGUGUGUGCGCGCUUUUGCUCAUUCUCACGAAAAUGCUUGCUUUUAGGAUGUGGUUCUUAGCUAUCUUGAUUCUCACUGCUAUUCUGAUGUGUUGAACAAGGACUAGCACAGUUUUGAAAUUCAUGCUGGCAGACCUUUUUUACCUAUGCGUGAUCAUUAUGUCAAGUAUGCCACUUAUAAGGACAACAUCAAGCCAUUUGAGAGUAGGGGUCCAACUUCCCUGGAGGUAUUCUCCCUCAAAUCUUACUGCAACCUUUUAUUCACAUUUCCUUUUGUGUAGUUGGUGACAAUAAGGAAUUGUUAUUCAUUUGAGAAAAACAAGAUUAAAUCGAUGAUGCUAUCAAAAGUAAAAUGAAUUUCUGAGCUAGAUAGUGGCUUUCUGAGCACCAAUAUAGAACCUAUCUGAAACCUUUCCCAUGUCUGUCAUAAUGAUCUUUUCAUUGUCCUUUGUAUAUUAAGCUACAGAAUAUUAUUCUGCAUUAUUUUCAACCAUUACUUUAUACCCGAAAAUGUACAUUGUUCCAGUGAACACAUCAAAAUAGCUGGUCCGCAUAUCUAAAUGCGCAUUGGUUUGGUGUUGGACUGAUGGUAACGUACUUAUGUUGCUUCCAUUGUAGGUGUGAUUUUUCUGUUACAGAGUGAGGUGAGUUGAGCUGAUUUGUUGCUACUGCUAUUUGUGGUUAUCAGCAUGUUCCUACGCCACCCCUGGCAGGCUGCAACCUAUUUGCGGCUCGGCCAUGCCCACUCCCCGUGCUUCUUGCUUGUACCAGCAGUGAAGACUCAAUAAAUACAUGUCAUUCUAUUAUCCAAAAUCCAAUGGCAGAAGGAAGUGGUGUCAAACAACAUGUUGCUUGAUGAAGGAACAAGACAGUUGAAGAGGAACAUGAAGCGGUAUAGAAAUUCCUCUGGAGGCCGAGCAUCUUGUCAUUCUAUUUAUAUUGACCAGAUUAGAAAAAUCACAGCGGAUUGAAUGUAAAAAUCAUGCAAAUAACUUGUGUAAACUUGGAAAUCCCCCCUCCCCCCUCA